AUGGCCGGUGAUGUAGACGCGGCAAAUUGCGAUAUCGGAAACCCUCAAGAGGCGACGUCUCAGUCUGAAGAGCCUUUUUCUCCGAAAGUGGAACAAGUGGAGCCUAGUGAUCCUUGUCAUCCUGAACCUCCCGCGGAUGAACCGGAAAUCAUGCCCAAAUCACCUCCCCCUAAAGGAGAGUGGAUGCAGACCACGGGUAGCCUCAAGAGCGCUGACUUCGACGCAACUUCCUUGUGCCUUCCGACGAAACGCGGCACGUUGCUGGCCGUGCUCUGCGCCAGCAGCUUUACUUUUCUGGGACUUCUGGCCUUUAGCUUUGCAGAACUGGGCUUCGCCAAUCUUCCAAAGGAAGACUGGUCGACGCUCCUGUUGCGUUUGCUGGGCUGGGAGUUUAUGUUUUACAUUCCUGUGAUGUGCCUGGUCCAACCCAUCCUUCGCAACUUUGUCGUCCUUAAUCUCCAGCCUCAACAGCCUUUGGCUGAUGCCUGGCCCGAUGCUGCAGAUGUCAGUGGAGUGCGGCGCCUGGUGCGAGCCUUUUGGAUUCCCGGUUGCUGA